CCCCUCCCCGCGCCUGCGCCAGCGCCAUGCAGCGGGCGGCGCGGGCCUUGCUCGGGGUCCUGCUCCGCGCCCCGCCGCCGCCGUGUCGGCCCCGCCGUCCCCCGCCGCUCCGCCGCCCGGUCUGCAGUUCCGCCGCCGCGGGGCAGCCGCGGGCCACGCACUAUCGCCUGGUGUACACCUGCAAGGUCUGCCAGACCCGAUCAGCAAAAACAAUUUCCAAGUUAGCCUACCAUAACGGGGUGGUGAUCGUGAAGUGUCCCGGCUGCGGGAAUCACCACGUCAUAGCCGAUAACCUGGGAUGGUUUUCAGAUCUGGAAGGAAAGAGGAAUAUCGAGGAAAUCCUGGCAGCCAAAGGGGAGAAGGUGAGACGUGUGACUGGUGAGGAAGCCUUGGAACUGCUUCUGGAAAGCUCGGCAGAUACCGGGUCUCAAGGUCAGCCCACGGAGGGAGAAAGUGGGGAAGCCCCCCCAGAGACUGACAGCAAGGGACAGACCUGACGAAUGGGAUUUCUGUCGUUCUGCUGAUGGCAAGAGAGACUCUUAACCUUUAUUCCCUGAUUUCAAUGGUUUGUGUUUAAAAUAAACUCGGGCAUUGGUCUUUC